GAGCCUUUAAACAUGGAGCAAUGCUCCUAGCUUCUUUCAACGAGUUCUGAAAUAAGCUUUACAAGCAUGCGGUACCAAUAAUGCCUCUUCGAACCUCCCUUAGACAACUUCAAAUAAAUCCAAUGUGGCUGAUUAUUAUACUUAGAAAAGCAAGCCAAUUACUGAAUACUCAACCCACUAGGAAUGCUCCAUCUAGUAAGCAUUACUGACUCUCUCCUCCCUCUGGCUUUCCUUUUCAACCCACCACCGACCAAAGGAGAUAUUUUCUUUCUCCCUCUGGCUCUGGGUUUCUUUUUUUUUUUUUUUUCUUUAUCUCCUGUGUUUACCUUGUUCCGUUGUUCUUGUAUUUACUUAAUUAGAUUGCUGUGUUAGAGUGAGUUGCGUGUUAUUCUAAACUCAAGAUGAGAAAUUUUGAUGAAAAUCCACCCACCUCGAAAAACCAUCUCGACCCACUCAAGUUCCUAGAUCUCUCACUCAGGAUAUCUGUAAUUCCGCUCAGUGCUGCAUCCAUAUGGGUGACCGUGACAAACAAGCAGGACAGCAGCAGUUAUGGAAAGAUAGACUUCACCAACCUCACAGGACUCGAGUACAUGGUUUGCGUCAAUGCCAUCUCCGCUGGUUAUGGUAUUGUUGCUGUUAUUUUCUCAUGGCUCAGAGGCUUGUUCACUAAAGCUUGGUUUUUCUUUCUAUCUGACCAGGUGGUAGCUUAUUUAAUGGUUACAUCGGCCGCUGCUGUGAUUGAGAUACUGUACUUGGCUUACAAUGGUGACAAGGAUGUCUCCUGGAGCGAAGCAUGUAGUUCUUAUGGAAGGUUUUGCAGCAGAGUGAAGGUCGCUUUGGUCCUCCAUGCAUUGGCCCUUCUGUUCUUCCUCGUCUUAUCUCUUAUCUCAACUUAUAGGGUUUUUAGCAGGUAUCAACCUCCUUAUGUUGCUUCCGAGGAUAUGGAAGAAAGAAGGAUUAACCAUUAAAUUCUGCUUCCUUAUGUUCCUUCUCUGCAGUUUCUGUUUUUUUUUUUUUCCUUUUUCCUUGGGUUUCGUUUUAGAACAAGUCAUAGAGAGCUGGUUACAACUUUGAUGCUUAA